AUGAAUUCAACAUUUAAGGACAUCACCGAUAGCGACGAUUGCACGUCUGACGACGGUAAAAGAAAAAGAGAUAAUAAAGAAGAAAAAGCAUUUAUAAAAAGUAAGAAAAUUUAUAGAUCGCCGGAAGAAAAAGCCAUGGAAAAAAGCGAUCCAAAUGAGGAAUUACGAGAAAUGUUGAGAACACUGUUGAUGGACAACAAAAAUAAAGCGAAGGAAAUGGUUGAACUAAAAGAAAUGAUGGGAAGUAUGAUAGUUGAGAUGAAAGAAAUAAGAAAGGAAAACAACGAAUACAAAAACCAAAUGAAUAGACUAGCAAAAGAAAAUGAGGAACUAAAAAAUUCAAUAAAGGAAAUGAACCAGAGGAUGGAAAUUGUUGAAUCGGCUCUAGAAAUGUGUCAAAGGAACAAGAAGAGAAAUAAUCUAAUUGUCAAAGGAUUAAAAAUAGAUACAAGUUAA